AAAAAAAAAUUGUUGUUUGUGGUUAGAGUUAUUUGUUACUUUUAAUUUAUCGGUUGAUUAUAGUUGGAGGCUCCUUUUAGAAUUAAUUUAAAACAAAGUGCCUAAGUGUGUAUUAGCCUAGUAGACUUAAGCAAUACGAGACAAGUGCCUGCCUAAUCAAAGAAAUCAAUUUUCCUGGUGAACAUUAGGCCCGUGUUGCAUUUUCUGGUUUAAAAUUGUUUGUGUUUUGAAUUUUACUUAAGAAAAAUCUUUUUUUUUUGCUUUGGAAUGUUACAAAAUCGGUGUAGUAUUUGUUGUUCAGCAGUAAAUUGAAUUCAAUCGGCUGCUUGCCUUUAACAUGUUGUGAUGAAAAUAAACUCUUUGUGCUUGGUGACCUAAAUUGUAAAGCUGGCCUGUGUCAACAACGAUGUUAUCCUUCUCUCAAUGAAUAAUACGAUGACAAACCCUGAGCAGAACAUACUGAAAAUAUCUCCUGCAAUUUAACCGAACUAUGGCAUUACCGAAACAAACGGACAUCGCAAUGAAGGAGGAUGACGAUGACGACUUCGACGAUAACAACUCAAUAUCAGAGCACAUUUCCGUCGAGUCAAAUAUCGAAUCGGAUAGCGUUCAGCAAAGUGUUAACAUCAAGAAACGACAAUUGUUUGGCAUGGAUAAAUCAGACAAAGAUGACGAUUUACUUGACGAUCUGUUGACCGGAGAAAAUAUUGCCAAACAUUUUGCGGUCGAUGAUGAUGAGGACAAACGCGGAGCGCGGAAAGAAGAUGUUGACGAAUCCUCUGAUAUUAGACCGAGCAUAUCCGAACAGCAAGAGCAAUUGGUCGAGUCAAUUUCAAAAUUGAAGGACUUAUCGGAGAGAAAGAUUCAAAUAAAAAUCCAUCGAGACGCGGACGAUGAUGAAGUGGCAUCAGUGAAUGUAAAAUUGGAUGUGCGUGAACGAAGUAGUAAAGUUGAUUUGAUAAGAAGUCCUAGUCAGAAAGAAAUUUCGCCAUUACAAGAAGAUGUGAUUUUAAUCAAUAACGAGAAAGUGAGCAUCGAUUCGUUGAAGAAUCUAGUGCAAGACGAUCACAGUUUCAAUACUACCAAUGACGUUUCGGAAAUUGGAGCUGAUGAUAAUUCAUUAAGCGGACUAUUGAGUGAGGGGAAACAGGAAUCAAGCAGGGAUAACAUUUUGGAUGAACCUGCAGCGCAGGAAGGUGAUGCAAGUGCCUUAGCAGAAUCAGAAGCGUCCAACGAUCCACUGAAGAGUGAUGAAAGUUUCGAAGAAGACCAUUCGGUCGAAGAAAUUGUCGUUUCCAAUGCAUCGCUCAACUUAGAUUCGAGAACUAAAAUAAAUUUCACGGAAAUUGAGACACCCAAUGCCGAAGCUUGUUCGGAUUCGAAUGCCAAUAAAAUUCCUCUAAUGACACAAAUCGUUGAGCAAACUAUCGACGAAUUGCCGUCAGGAGUUUUUGAAGAUAAAAAUGAUCCGGAUUCACUGGACUCAUUGUCAGCUGAAAUGGAUCGAAUUCUGCGAGACACAAUCGAUGACAUCCCAGGAGACGUAUUUGGAGACAAAGUUGAUACGAAGGGCAAAGAACAAGUUGAAUAUGUUAACGAUCCAGAUUCACUCGAAAAUAUGUCGGAAAACGUUUUUAAUAUUAUAAGUGACACGAUCAACAAAUUACCCAUUGAGAAAGAGGAUCCGUCUUCAAAGUUCAUCAUCAGAGACGAAAUAUCACAGAUUUUGACGAAAACGGUCAAUGAUUUACCUAUCGCUGAAUCGGACUCCAUAGAAUAUUCGGAUGGUAUUGCUGAUAUAAAGGAGAAAAUCAAAGAGAAAACGUCGGUGGUCGUCGACCCACCAAAACCGAAAACCCAUCAGCAAAUUAUCGAAGAAAUUGAAAUUGAAGACUUCCCGCCAGUGGUAGUCAAGACAAUGGAAAAAUGUAACUAUGUGAAAGAGAUGCUGGACGAUAUAACCGAGGAAUCGGACAUUUCUCUUGAACCAAAAGUGUAUCCUGUGACGACGAUUCCACAGCUAUCAAUUGUGAGCAAUGAAAUCAAAGACAAAGGAUCUGAAAUGAGGAAGAUAAUCGAAGCGAACUACUUAAACGAUAUGUUUUUCCCGGUGUCGCCGUACCUAGCCGAUUUCGUUCAAAACGAACAACAAGCCAACAGUUUUGACAGUGUUGUUAGUUUGAACAUGCUUCAGUUGAUGGAGAGCAAGGUUAAAGAGCUUGAAGAAAUUGUCGCGAGUAAAGACGUCUGCUUGGCAGCGUUAAAUAUGCAGUUAGACUCCAGGCGUAAUUCUAUCAAGGAUGUCAUACCAUCUGCUCGAGAUUCGUAUAGUUUAGCUACGGUUUCAACGGAGUACCGCACCUAUCAAGAUGAAUACGUGAAUCGGGCAUUCGACUUCAACAUCGAACUGGCGGAGCGUGAUCAAAUCAUCGAGACAUUAACUGCAUCACUGCAGCAAAAUAUCCGAAUGAACGAGCAGUUAAGAUUCCAAGGUGAUAAACUGAUGACCGAAGUUAUGCAGCUCCGGAAACAAGUGUCCGAAACCGGAGAAUUCGUUCGCCGCACUCAAUGGAUGCGUGAUCAGGGUGGCAGUCAACGGUUGUCAGAAAUAUCAAUAGAUUUGGUUGAAAGCGACGACAAUUUGGACGAGAAAAACUUCACCGACAUUGAGGAGAAAUCGUACUGUACAUCCACCGAACGGCAAUCCGUUGAUGGUGCUGGUUAUGAUUCGUUUGAACCGUUGCCCAUAUCGAAGCAGAUCGAACAAUUUCAGAAGUAUCUGUCACAAGACGAGCUACGGAUCUUUUUCAUGGUGCAAAGUAAAUUCCACGACUACCUGAGCCAGGAGGUGGAGAAGGUGAAAAACCGGCACGAUGCCGAGAUGAAGAUUUUGAACGAUCAAUUGGAAACGGAAAAACAUGACAAGAAUGUGGAGAUAAAUCGGCUGCAGCAACUAUUGACCAAUGUGAAAAGUGGUUCAACUGAACUGGAAGAUCUUCGCAAGGAACUGGAUGAAGUGCAUGCCCGUGAAAUGGAAGAUUUACGAACCUAUUUCGAGCAGAAAUGUACCGACAUGGAAAAGCAAUAUUCCGAAGAAGUCUUUUCGCAACACAGUCGUCGCCAUUCAAACGAAAGCGGUUCAGAACUUUCCGAUCAGGAGCAACUAAUCGAUGAUCAUGUCUCGAACAUCCAGCCAACCAGUCCUAAACGCAAAAGCAAAGACUUGCUGGCAAGCCCAACGCAUAGAAAAAUAACACCGACGAGCAUUGGCGACCUGUUAAGUCCGUUACGAAAAAUCGACGUUCAAAAUGAAGAUCAGGAUCCUGAGCCCACUGUCGAUGAAAUCCAUGCGUUCUACAAGGAUAAGAUUUCGGAACUGAAUAGAAACUAUGACGACACAAUGCGCAGACUAAAGUUGCGAUUGAAACGAUUCGAAAAUAGAAGCGCCGAUGACGAGUACAUGCCGGAUGAUGAUAGCACGGAUGAUACUAACAAUGAUAGUCAAGCGCUCCGGAGAAUUGUGGAAGAGUACGAGGAACGGUUAGAGCAACAAAUUGCCCUAGCACGUGUGGACAUGGUACAAGCAUUCGAGGAGCAAAUCAAGGCACUUCUAUCCGAGACCGCAACGGAUGAUAGUCAGUGGCCACCAGAAUUGAUAUUAUUACGAGAAAAAUUUACCGCUAAAAGUCAACUAGAAAUAGCGCAACUACAGAUUCGGCAUAAGGAAGAGAUGGAUCGUUUAAAAAACGAAUAUGAUAAGCAGUUCAAUCGCAAGCAAAAGCGUCAAUCGACCUUCGAUACGAAUCGUGAUCUGGAGCAAAUUGUCCACGAACGGGACAAUUUACGUGAACUGUGCAGUUCGUUCCGAUGGUUGUUAAGCGAAUUGGCUAAGUGUGUGUCAACUUGUGAGACUGAUAUUAGCUUGUCGUUGGUGGAUCAACUCCAGAAACUGGGAAUCGAAGGCAUCGAGACCAAAUGUUUGGAUGGUAAAUUUAAGCAGUCGGAUGAUUUACUUAAUGCGUCCAUCGAAUCUGGGCAAUCAUUCUCGACGAAAGGAGCACGCUUCACGCCCGAUGUGUCGGGCAUUUUAAAUCUCGUCGAUGAUCCGAUGUUAGUGAGUUUUGUGCUUCAAUCGAAAGACGCUAGCUUCGAUCUCAACGAGUGUGUGGAACGAUUAAAACAGGAGGCAAAUCAAUUGCUAAAAAUAACGGAAAUAUUGUGUAAAAGAGACGGUUCGGAAAAGAAUGACAGUUGUGAAGAAGAGGACGGUCUCAAGUGUCAAUCUUCGAAAAAAGUUCAUAAACUUGAACAAACUGUAUCGCUGAACGAAAAUCUGAUCAAUGGCAGAGGGGAAGUUGAGCACAGUCAUCGCGGAAGUUUGCCCAUCAAUUUGUUCGAAGGAGCAAGCUCAGAAUUUAUGGUCCAGUUGAAUGAGUUAAAGAACCGAUUGGUGGUUUCGGAGAAUGAAAAGAAAAGUCUGGCUACCGAACUUGCUGAUACGCAAAGAAAGAACGACGAAUUAGCCCAGAUUCUCUGCAUAGCCAAGGAGCAUUUGGAGCAGCUCGAAACUCAAAAUGAAGAUAUCAGUGAAGGGUUUGGAAUCAGUCAGCUGCAAUCUCCUUCUCGCCAAAGACCUGACAACAAGUCCAGCUACUCAGUUCUUCAAAACGCUGCGCGAAGCCUGUUUAACGAAGCAAUAACCAACAGCACAUCAGAUGGAUCAGUGCUGACGCAACAGUUCGAAGACUUUGUCACUGAUUUUGACAAAUUCGUCGAAGAGGAGAAAAAGAAGAAAAACGAUCUCCAGGAACAGCCGAAAAGUUUUUCUAAAACUCACAUUGGACAAUCCAAUGCAAAUGGCCAGAUCGAUGCUGCCUAUAAACAUAAAAAAGCGACGAGUAAAUUAUUGGAACAGCAAGCACUCGAAUGGCAGCAAGAACGUGAUGAUUUUACCAAAGAAAUUGAUCGAUUAAAUGCCCAGAUCCGUGAUAAGGAAAAGGAAUUGCAUACGUAUUGUCUGGUUGCAAAGGAGGUGGAAGUCAUGGAGCAACAAAUCAAAGAAAUGACACUGUCCAUUUCUGAUUAUGAGGACAAGAAACAGCAGCUGGAAAAUGAUCUGAAAGCUUCAAUCGAUAAAAUAUUUGUUCUUCGUGAAAUAAUCGCCGAACUAGAGAAGCAAGUGGAAACCAAGUCAGCUAACGAAAAUGCUAUGAAUGAGAAAAUCAAGUCACUCGAAACAUACGCGAAUGCUCAGUCCCAUACAAACGAAUCGCUGCACGAUGAAAUGGAAAGUUUAAAAACGGAAAUGGUGACCAAUUAUCGUGAAAGAAUUUCCAGUCUCGAGGAGCAGCUACAGAACGCUCGACCCAGUGCUGAACAAAGUAUGCUCAUCGAACAAAUAUCCAGCCAAUUGAAGGAAAUCGAGAUCAGUCUGGAUCGAAAGACCAAAAAUUUGGAAUCAUUACAUUCGGCAAUUUAUUCGGCAUCGUGUAGCAGUCCAUCCGAAGAUGUCUCCGUGAAAGGGCUAAUUUCUGUCACCGAUUCACCGAUCGAUACGCCUCGAACACCUCAUUCGUUGCCCGUUGAUGAUGUACAGCGAAUUUUGGAAAAGCUAGUCAAACAUAACCGUGCUGAAGAGGCAGCUGUUAAACGGAUACGUGAUCUCGAAAUGCAGAUUGGUUCCAUUCGAAACAGUUAUCUGGAACUCCAACAAGAACGUGACAAUUUGCAAGAGAAAAUGACGGAGCAAAUUCUACGGAUAUCUACGCUACAGUCCCGUUUGGACGAACAACGUCACCGAGCCGAGGAGCUGAAUCGUCAGAGUACAUCCGAUCUGAACAUCAAAGUCUACGAUCUUCAGUCGAAGCUGAACAAUGUGGAAGAGAAACUCGUCGCUCGUGAGAAACAAAUUGCAACGUUAAAGGAUCACCUGGAACAAAGCAAAGUGAUAAUCGAUCGAUUGGAAGCGGAUUUGGCGAAGGGUGGCGGUGGUGAAGAGAAAAUCGGUAAAUUGGAAAUGGAUCUGCAAGCAAAAUCGGAUGAGAAUCGAAAAUUGAAAGAGAAAAUCAGCAGCGAAAUGAUAAAUAAGUUAGCGUUGCCCGAUUUAAUGGAAACAAUGAUGGCUGACAAGGACGAGGAGCUUGAUCAACUUAAGGAACAACUUGCCGAAAAGCAAAAGGAGCUUCAAGUUUACCUUAGCCUGAACUUAGACGCCAAUCAACUGGAUAUCCUGAAGAAACAUUGCAAAGAAGCGUCUGACGGUAAAAUGAGUGCUAGGACAUUGAGUGAUAUAAUUUCGCUAACCGAAUACGAUGAACCGGAUUUGGUCCGGAAGACCGUUGACUCAACAGUACAAUUCAGUAAUAUGGAUUCAACGAUUGCAGUUCCAGCGAAAAUGAGUAUUAUCGAACCGUCACCCAUUAUGUACGGUGCUUAUGAUGAUUCGAUACCGUCACCUAAACCGAGAAAACUAAACUUCACCGACGAUUCAUCAUCUGCCAGCAGACCCAAUGAGACUGUAGUUGUUGCUCCCGAUGGAUCCACACUGCCUAAAAUCGAUGAAACACGGGUCGACGAAUUGCAGGCUGAAAUAGCUAGAUUGCAGGAGAAACUGUCUGUAGUGCCGGUAUUGGAAGAUGAAGUGGAAAGUUUGAAAAUGUCCCUGGAAUCGGUGACAAAUGAAAAGGGCUUACUGAAAGAAGAACUCAAAUCCAAAACGGAUGAUGCUUCGAAUCUAAACUUGGAUUUGCAAGCAAAAAAUAAACUUCUGAAUGCAUUGGUGGUGGAGAAGAAGCAGCUGCAAGCUGAAUUCGAUGAGAUUAAAUUCAAAUUGAACAAAUUGGCCAAUAUUCAAACGGAAAUGGACAAUUUGAAUGAGCAGCUGAAGGAACGUGAUGAUGACAUUACGGCUCUGCACGAUAAACUUGAUCAGAAGGGCAGAGAAUGCGAAGAACUGUUAAGCAAAAUCGAUAAACUGAAAACAACCAGCGUCUUGAAUGAACAACUAAUGGAGCAAAUCGACGUCUAUGGACAACAAAUACAGUCGUUGAGUAAGACCUUGUCACAUAAGGAUGAAAUGCUGACGAAACACGACAAGGAGUUACUAAACUAUUCGGAGAACGAGAUUCGUUACCUGGACAAAAUACGAACUUUGGAAGACCAGGUUCUGAUGCUGUCCACUGACCAAAAUCUGCUGAAAAAGGAGUUGGAGACGACGAGAAAUGAUCUGUACGAAAAAAUGAUUGAUUACGAGCACAAUAAACUGGAACUGAAUCAGAGAGAUGAAAAGAUUGAAGAACUGAAAGACAUCCUGAGCGAUUCGAAGAGUCCUCGCAGUGUGGAGGACAUGCGAAUCGAAAUACGACGGGAGCAAGAGAAGAAUGUUAAACUUCAGAACGAGAUAGAUCGGUUGAAAGUAGCACUCAAUCGCCAAGAGAAUUCCAGUAGUCCGAAACCUUUGUCCUUAGAUGAAAUUGCCGAACGUGUGGAAAAGGAAUUGAAUUAUUCGGCCCAGUUAGACGACAACAUUUUGAAGGCCAUCGAAAGUGAUGAGAUCAAUUCGGAUGACGAUAAUUUCGAGCGCACGAGACAGCCGUCGACUGAUGUCGCUUUCUCUGAAUUGAAUGAUUUGAAGAGAGAUUUGAAUUUGGAGCGGAACAAUUGCUCGAAAUUGCAGAGCUUAUUGGAUAAGGAGAAGAAAAAUUCCGAGGCCAUUCAGCAGCAUGAUGCUGAGAUCAUUGACACAAUGCGUUUGCGACUUCAGGCUGCAUUAGAACAUGAGACUGAGUUACAGAAAAUAUUAGACAGUGAACGAGCGAAAGGUGAACGAUUAACAUCGCAGCUUCUCGUCUAUCAGAGAACGACAUCUCGUGAAAAUAGUCUGAUCUUAAAAUCUCCACCAGAAUCACCGCGACGUACUCAACGAAGUGACGCCGAUUCAGAACUGGCGAUUCGUUUACAAAGUGAAAUAAAAUUGUUGACUGCGCAGAAUGAUCGGGAACGGGAAAGAGUCAACGACAUCGAAAGAGUAAUGGAGAGAGAAAAGCAUCGAUUCGAAAAGGAGUUGAUGGAUCGCAAGGAAUACGGCGAACAAAUGAAACGUGAAAUGGAUAGAGUUUUGAAGGAGAAAGAGCAGCUGGCAUUGGAUCUCGAACAUGCGCAAGAAAGACUAAUUCUUUCAUCGCGUGAAAUCGAAAGCCUUGAACAGCGACUGGCCAAUCUACAGGAAGUGGAAUCCCGUCGUGCAGCUCUUCGCGGAAGAGAGCGACAAGAAUCCACACAAAAUGCCGUAGACGUGCACGAAUUGAAGGCCAAACUUUCGGCUGUUGAAAGGGAACGUGAUUCACUUAUCGAUAAAGUCUCUGUUCUACGUGGUGACAUUGAACGAAGUGCACGAAGAGAAGCGCAACUGACCGACGCGUUGGUGAAAGAACAAUCCGGCGACGGCAUCGUUCCGAAACAAUUCCUGCAAAAACUCAACAACAUGAACAGUCUCAUCGUCGACAAUACCAAAGAAAAUCGCCAAAUGGGCGAAACGUUGCAAAUUUUGACAGAAGAGAGACGAGCUCUGCAGCAGAGAGUGGCCGAUUUGGAAAUGCGAAAUCGUGCAUUUAAUCGAGAAGAAUUGGAGGAACGAGCACAGCAUUUGUUUGGAAAGUAUCUGCGUGUGGAAAGCUUCCGCAAAGCUUUAGUUCAUCAAAAGAGAUAUCUUGUGUUGGUGCUGCAGACCUAUCAAGAGAACGAAGCGAAAGCAAUGAAUAUGCUUCACGGGCAGUACGCGGCAAAGAAACCGAAAUCAUUCAAAGCUGCAGUUUUAGUUGUCAUCGCCAUCGAACGAAUGAAAUACAUCGUCCGUCGCUGGCACACCGGCAAACGACUCGCGACAAAAGCCGUUUUCACCAACUCAGUACCAAGACGUUCAGCGUCAGCAACACUCUCAUUUAACAAUUGGUCACGUCCAGAAAAUCCACAAUCACCGCCCAGUCGUGAUACCCGUCAGUCAUUUCCGUCAAUUAGUCGAUCUCCGUUGAUGUCACCAAUGCGCCCACUACAAUCACCGAACAUCAUUGCUGAAUGCUCGGAACGUUUGGAAAAGCAGUGGCAUUGAGCUCUCUAUAUGUUGUAAUUUAUUAAGUUUUAGCAACAAUUUAGUACAAAGAUCCGAAUCAACAGCCUUAUGAUAUACACAUGAAACAUAUUUGCCUGGAUAAGCGACACCAAUUGUGUGGUGAAUAUUCCCGAAUCAAAGAUUUCGUUUCAAGAGUUGUCUUUAGUUAGAACCAGUCAUGCGUUGGAAGGUGGAUGACUCGUUUCGUUUUAAUUAAAUUAUUUUUUUUUCUUUGUUAAGUCAGUAUUAAAAUUUCACUGAUUUGUGCCAGAUGAGAUCUCCUUAGCAAACGGAAUUUUGCUUCGUUUUUAAUGUUACCCCCGGUUUAGUCGAGA